UGACCAUGCACAAAAGCUGAAUACAACAUGAAGAAACUCCACGUGUACAACUUUGCCGUCGGCCGGAUCACGGCUUCGGACCUGGUUCACAUGUUCAAUCCGUUUGUGAAAGUGCAAGGUGUUGAAGUGAUUGACCGAAACCAAGCCUACGUGUACGUGGCCAACAAAUGCGCUGCGAGGGCCGUUCAGGAGCAACAUGGGCGUGUUAUCUGCGGAGAAGCGCUCCAGGUGCAGCUGGCAACGGAUAAGCAGCAUGACCCCGGAAAGCUGCCGGAUGUCCCACGAGUGACUAGCCGGCGACCGGAUCUGAAGGAUCGUAAUUGGAGGUUUGGCGUCCGUACCGACAAAGCGACUGACUUUGCCAAGGUACUGGAUUUGUUCCGCCAGUACGGAACGGUCGUCUGGAGCUGCUGUCACGUUGACGGAAUCGGUGGAUACGUUCUGCUGAAGACUCCGUACCACUGGUUGCGGGUUACGCAAGGUACGGAUUUUGUGCUGGUUGGAGGAUACCGGAUCAGAGUUACGGCGCUACUCGAGGCAACAAUAACCGAGGUAUCGCUUACAAAGUUGGCCAAUGAAAAGCACAGUAAGGUAUUGGCUCGGGACGAUGCGGUCCAUAGGAAGAGCCAGGCCGGGUUGAAGAUUUCUUCAAAGAAAUCCCUGGUAUCUCUGUUGCUGUCCAACAUAUCGCCCAACGUGAACGCAUCGGAUAUCAUUUAUCUGCUGAGCUUGUACGUUGAUCUACAAGGACUAAGCUACCGCGACCAGUACGCGUACGCUUACGUGCCGGACCGUUCGCAGGCAGCGAUUGCCAUUCGAGAGCUCAACUUUCGCGUCAUCGGUGGCCAACCGAUACAAGUCCGCAUUGCGUACCCGUUCCAGGUAACGGCAAGCAUCACCAAACCAACGAUUCCCCGCGAACGUCCGUGGCUCAAACCGUACUGCUGGCGCUUCCUGGUGAGCAAUAUCCAUCCGGAAAAGCCGCUCAAGCACGUCACCGAUCUGUUCCGCCGCUUCGGCAGACCGAUCUUCAGCUUUCGGAACGUCACAAAACCCAGCUCCGGGUGGAUUCUGCUCGAGACUGACCAGCACUGGACGACCAUCACGGAGAAGCUGAACAAGAAAGAAGGCGCAGGCGUCGUCGUUACGAUCUGCGGCGACGCUGACUUCAAUCCGUUCGUAGUGGACGACCAAGUAGUUGAAGAAAAACGUCCGGCUGAGGUCCCGACUUCGUUGUACGUGUCGAAAGCAUCUACGCUAUCAAUGGACGCGUCGGACCUUGCUUAUCUGUUCGGACUGUACGCGGAAGUCGUGGGAGUCUACAUGAACCGAGAUUACGCCUUCGUUACCGUGAAAAGCCAAUCCCAAGCGGUACAAGCCGUCCACGAGCUGAACGGUCGGUUCGUCGGAGGACCUACGCUACCUCCGCUUGAGGUUAGCCUCAGCAAGGACACCGGCACGGGUUCCAACCUCUGCUUCAACUUGCCUCCGGCCCGGAAGCGUCCGGACUUGUCCGAACCCAUUUGGGGAUUCGUGGUGAAGAACAUCGACCCGGAGGUACCGUUCGAGCAGGUGCGGCAACUCUUCCUCCGCUUCGGAACGAUCUGCUCGAGCGUUCGGCACGCAAAUCGUACGUACGGAUCCGUCUUCCUGAAGACGUCGCACCAUUGGCGAACGGUUGCGGCCAGGCUGGACGGGGUCAAGCUGGGCGGACAUCGUUUGAGUGUGUUCCAGUCGAUGCGGUUUGGUUGUACCGACGUUGACGGAGUGAUGGCUAAGGGCGAGAAGAACAACGGCUAUGAGGUGCUGUACCAGAACAUGAAGUAUGGCCUGUCCGCGACCAAGGAGCUGGCCGAGUACUUCCGCGAGCGGUCCAACCUCGAGGAGUACAACUCGAAGCUGCUCACGAAGCUCGCCAACAAGGCGGGCUCGGGUGGCGGCGGCACCUUCUCGCCGCUCUGGAUCAUCCUCAAGUCCACCACGGAGCGGCUGUCCGAGCUGCACGCCGCCAAGGUCCAGAAGCUGAGCGAGCUCGUCAAGAACAUCACCAAGUACGCCGAGGAGCUGCACAAGAAGCACAAAACGGUCAAGGAGGAGGAGUCGGGCACCCAGGAUGCGGUCCAGGCGAUGAAGGACUCGACGGCGGCCGUCGCCAAGGCCAAGGACGUGUACAACGCCCGGCUGCAGGAGCUCGAGAAGGCCCGCAAGGACAGUUCGACCAAGGAGACGGAAAAAGCGGAGGCGAAGCUGCGCAAGCAGCAGGACGACUACAAGGCGCUGGUCGAGAAGCACAACAUCAUCAAGCAGGAGUUUGAGAAGAAAAUGACAAUAACGUGCAAGCGCUUCCAGGACCUCGAAGAGGCCCACCUCAAGCAGAUGAAGGAGUUCCUUACGUCGUACAUGGAAAUCGUGCAGAACAACUUCGACCUGGUUGGCCAGGUCCACCACGAUCUGAAGCGCCAGUUCCUGGAGCUGACGGUGGACAAGCUGCUGGAACAGUUUGUGCUCAACAAGUACACCGGCCUGGAGAAGCCAGAGUUUAUAGAGCUUGAUUUGGUCAACUUGUCCGGUGGUUCCCUAGCGUCGGCAUCGGCCACCAGCAAUAACCUGCUCGUGAACACAUCCAUCAGCCCGAGCGCGGCGACCAGCCCAGGAGGAGGAGGAGGAGGAGGCUCGGUGACGGAUUCGCCGGCCCUGUCCACGACCAGUUCGUCCCAGCCGGUGCCGAUUGUGAAGAAGGAAAGCAACCUGCGGAGCUGGUUCACGUCCAGCUCGAGUGCCGCCGUGCCGACCAACUCGCCGGUCAAUCUGUCCACGUCGUCACCGACGGCCUCGGGGGGAAUGGCCGGACGGGGUGGUGGCAACCUGCUGGACGCCCUCGCAGGUAGCGCCGACCGUCCGCUGUCCCCGGUGGCGGCCAGUGGGGACUCGUCCGCGUCCAGUUCGGCCCAAAGUACGGCAAAGACAAGUAAACCCUUUUACGGCGACUUUCUUAGCAAGACUAAUCACAAUCAGUCAACACCACAAAACAAGCAACAGCAAACGCCGCAAAUGAAACAGGAACAAGAUUCGCAACAACCACCACCACAACAACAACAACAACAACAAAAAUCUUCCCGCCGCACUACCUCCCUUUUAAAUCUCUUCAUGUCUAACUCCCAGGGAAGUCGCGAAAGUCGGGACUCGACGACGAGCGGUGGGGCCGAUUCGGUGGUGUCCACCAGUACGACCGGCGGCGGCGGUGGUGGGACGGCUGCCAUUUCGGCACCGACCAGUCCCAACGAUGCCCACGACGGGAGCGGCAACGGCAACGGAUACAACGGAGUGGCCAGCUCGUUUAUAGGACGGAAUCCGCUGCUGAGGGGAUCGAAAUUUUCCGGCUUCCUGCGGAGCCGGCGCGAGAAGGCGAAAUCGAAAAAGACCAAAAAGAAGAAGGACUCUGCGGAGAAUUCCAGUGCCAAAGACGACAAAGGCUCCGACGGCGAGGACAAGGAGGAAGCGACGGUGAAGGCAACGGAUGCCGGCAGCAUCGGCAACCUGCAGACGACGUCCGCGGUCAGCACCGGGAACGUGGCCCCGACGGCGACGCCCGAAGUGGACGAGGACGGCUACAGCAUACAGCCGCGCGAUGCCACCUGGGACAGCGCGACCAUCACCGAGAAGAGCAACAACUUCUACUCGAGCUCGGACAGCGACAGCGACGACGAGCGGGGAGAGCGAAAGAUCCACGUGGAAAUUAAACCGCUGAACAACGGGGUGGCGCCGAUCUCGGCCAGCGUGGACGAGCUGAGGGCCACCGUCGAGAAUUUGUCGCUGUCGCCGAUUGCGCCGUUUUCGUCGCAGCACUCGCAUCACCACUCGUCGGCCUCGCACCACCUCACCGGAGCCGGAGUCCAGGCCCAGAGCCAGCAUAACCUCAGCAGCACCGGAGGGGGUGGCGGCGGCGGUACUGCCCAGCCGGGAACCGCCGGAGGCCUGCUGAACAACAACAACAACACUCAUCUCACUAGUCCAAACGCGUCGAACGCGUCCACACCCACGACAGUCCAUCCGUACGCGCCCCUCCAGAGUCCAACGCUGUCCAUGUCGACCACGUCCAACAACCGAUACGCCGAUCUCGGGGACAUCUUCUCGGAGGUGGGCGACAUCAGCGCGUCCGCGCCGGCCUCCGCCAACCUAACCAAGCUGACGCAGCGCCAGAUUCCGACGCCGACGUCGGCCGGCGGUAGCAGCAUAGCGAUACCGAGGCCACCAUCGCGGCGAUCCGAAGCGGCAGCGGCAGCGGCGGGUCGCGGUAGAGUCAGUCCAGCUUCGCAGAUCGCCCGUGCGGACAGCGUGGGAAGUCUGGAGUUCCGCAGUCCGAGCGUCGGCAUUGGUUCCUCGCGGGGACCAUCGCCGCUGACGAUCGGCAUGUCGGACACGAUCCCGCUGGCGGUGGCCUUCCACGAAAUCAUCCACGCGUACUUCCGGGGUUCGGACGAGACGCGCUGCCAGGUGAAAAUGUCCGGCGACAUGAUGCUGUCCUUCCCGGCCGGCAUCGUGAACGUACUGGCGAACAACCCGAACCCGGCCAAGCUGGGCUUCCGCAUCAAAAACCUGCAGAACCUGGAGAACGUCCUGCCGAACAAGCAGCUCAUCACGAUCGACAAGCUGCAGUCGACGGCGCUCAGCACGACGCUCGAGUUCAACAUGCCAGUAUUAACCUCGAUCCUGCGGCGCCAAUCGGAGCAGAACCCCACGGCGCCGUACUUUAACGUGGACAUUCUCAAGUACCAGGUGAAGGCCAAACCGGGCGCCGCGUCCUGCCCGUUCCAGCUGGUGUCCUACUGGAAGUGCGAACAGCGGCACACGGACAUCAAGAUCGACUACAAGUACAACAGCCACGCGAUGGCGGUCGCGUCCCCGCUGCUGAACGUGUCCAUCUCGGUGCCGGUGGACGGCAGCGUGAAGAACGUGCAGUCGAAGCCGCACUCGGCAUGGCAAGGCGAAUCGAACCGGCUGGUGUGGAACUUUACCGACAUAUCGCAGCACUCGGACAACGGCGGCGUGGACACGCUGCGGGCGCGCCUCGAGGUGGGCACGGGGCCCUCCAAUCCGGCCCUCAUCUCGACGCAGUUCAACUGCGAGGGCACGACUCUGUCCGGGAUCGAGUUCGAGCUGGUCGGCACCGGGUACCGGCUGUCGCUCGUCAAGCGGCGUUUCGUUUCCGGAAAAUACAUCUGCGAAGGGGACGGCGUUCGGGGCAUUAAAACGCCCACGCCGCCAAACGUGGGCGUCCUGUCGCCCAGCCCGUACAGUAACAAAUCGGCCGGCUCCGGUGGUUCGGGAUAGCAGAAGCUCUACUUUUUCGACUAGAGACGACUAGAGCGACGAAAUGUGAUUCUUUGUUGUAUCAAUUACCAUUUAUUGCUAAUCUUUAUUGUUUUCGAGAGAGAAGAAGGGGUUUUCGCCGGAAAUACGUUUUCGGAGCAGUUUACGUUUCUUUUUUUUUGUUUUCUCUUACGUUUCCAUUAUCGAGCUACGAACGAGAGAUGUUGCCUUUUUCAGCAAGAAGUUAUUGAGGGACAGUAUGCAAGCAGCGACCAGACCCGGGUUGCUCUUUAGAGUUUAGAACAAUAGAGAUAGAGACGGAAGGGCGCCAUUUGUUGAAUGUGUUAUGUAAAUACUCAAAUUCCAGAAUCAGAAUCAGGAUCAGACUAGAUUCCAUCGAGGCGAUUUCGCAACCUAUUAUACAACAUUUUCGAAACAAACUAACCAACAUUACCAACCGUUUAUACAUAAUUAGCAUUAAUUCAGCAUAAAAAAAGAAAAGAAAACAAAAAACUAACAAACUAGUAGAGCAGUAGAUGCCGUAGGCUAGACAAACAAAAAACUUAUAUAACACAAGUAUGAUAAAAACGACACACGAGAAGAGCAGGAGAAGCGCGCCAUUGCAAGUUACGUAAUUAUAAUGUGAGGUAGCUUCUUUCGUGAGUAUCACGCCGGUUAGACAUGUAAAACAGAAGACGCAAAACUAAACUAAAGUAUUAAUUUCGUGGAAAAAAAAGUUUUGAUGUGACUCGUUGCUAACAAUAAGUAUAUGUGAAACAUAUAUGCCUGGGACGAUUGGAAUGGGAGGUUAUUAUUGAUAGGAGGAAAUCUCAAAGAACGAUACUAUAUGCGAGAGAAGAAGGAAAAAAGCGCGCGAGAACGAGAACGAAAAAAAUGGGAAUUUAUUUCUAGGAAAGUUUUAGCUAAACAUUAACUAAUUAAUGCAAACAAAAACAAUUAGAUGUAACGAUCGGGACUAUUAAACGUACAGUAAAUCGAA